AUGGAACAGUACACAGAACUAGUGCACGACAUCCAAUCAACACCCAAGAGGUCCCCACUCACUGACUACAACAUGGUGUGGAAAUCCCUAAAAUCCCAGGCAGGGGCCCUCAAAGAAACUCGGGACAUAGGAACUUUAUUGCAAAGGCCCCAGGGUCCCAAAAUGGCCUCCGGGCCUGAACGGAUAUCCA